AUAUGACUAAGUAGUUAUGUCUAUACCUCGUGGGUAUCUGAUAUAUAACUACGUUUUUAUAAGAAAAUUUUGAAAAUACGAGGUGGUUUUUAUCACUUUUGCCAUAUUGUAUGCACAUUUUUUAACCAACCUGCUAUAUAAAAUUUAUUUCGUUUAUACUAAUUAGUCAUGGCUAAGGGUCAUAAACAUUUGAAACGUCUAAAGUCUGAAAAAGCGAAGGUAAAACUGAAAGCAAAGAAAACGAAACAUUUACCAAAAGGAUUAAAUGUCACAGAUCCUUCAUUUAAAGUUAAAAAGAUAGUUAUACGAGAACAGUUGAAGCAGCAUGAUGAGACGGACAUACUUAGCAAGAGGAAGCUUAAUAUUAAGGAGUUAUUAUCACGUUUACAACAUCAUAAUUCAACAGUUCGACAAGAUGCUGUAAAAGAAUUAAGAGAAAUUUUGUCAGAACACUCUUUGAAAUUAUUAAGUUCACAAUUUGGACCACUUUUGCAAGGUAUUUGUGCGUUGUCCCUUGAUAAAGAGAGAGAUAUUAGACGUAACUCUUUGAAAGUUUUGAGUCUAAUCCUUGGACCAGUUUCUAAUGAUCAACUUAAUCCAUAUUGUGAUGUACUGAUUUCCUAUUUGAGAUGUGCUAUGACACAUAUUGAUCCUUAUAUCAAAGAAGAUGCCUUGCUUUUCUUGGAUGUACUUGUACAAAACUGUAGCAAUAUACUAGCAAGAAACAGUUACAAAGUAUUGCCAAAUUUUUUAGAUAUGAUUUCCAGAUUGCAUACAGAAAUGAAACCUGGAAGGCAAUUAGUAACAACCUUAAAUUCUAAAAAUACUAAUGUUAAAUGGAGGAUAAAAGUAUUAGAAAGACUUGCUACUAUGUUUAGUUCUAUUGUUACCUUCUUUAAAUCUCAACAGAUUAUCAGUUCAGGUGAAAGUGCAAAAGUUAUAACUGUGAAUAAAAAUACUAGAUAUAUUCCUAUUUAUACAAAUAUAAAUUCUCAGAAUUGUGAAGUUGAUUUUGAAAGAACUGACAAUGAAGGAAGAAAUAACAGUAAUAAUACUUUAAAUGCAGAUGAACUUAUGAGUUAUAUAGAGUUACUCAUGCCACUUAUAUUUGACAGCUGGAUUGAAGUAUGUCCAGAUGAAAAAAAUAUUGACUACUCUGCACUUUUGAUUUCUACAGAAGCAUUGGAAUUAUUAAAAAGUACUGUAGAAAUAAUACAAUUAAUAAUUGAAUGUAUAGAUAUAUUAUAUACAGAGUGUGAUGUAAAUAUGAAAUUUUGGUUCAAAAGUAAUUUCCAGGAUUCUUACACAAAGAAUUUCGUUUCAAAAUUUCCAUACAACAAAUUAGGUGCUACAGGAUGUUUCCUUCCUUCAAUAAGAAAUAGAAAACGUCAACAAGAUUUUGCUAUAGAUAAUUCAUAUGACAUUUGUUUAGGAUAUAACUUAGCAAUUUGUCAAAUUUAUGUAUGGUUUACAUCAAUACAAAGUGAUGAUAAAAUGAUGUCUAAAUUAAUGAAAAAUUAUUGCACAUCUGUAAUUAAGUAUUUAAAUGGGAAACUUGAAAUCUGGUCUGACAUAAAUAAUACUGUAUUACCACAAUUGACUAAGCUCCUGAGAACAUUAUUUUUAAAAGCAAGUGAAGUUUGGUACAAAAAUUACCUUGAUUUAAGUGAAACUUUACAAUCAGUUGUAAAUGCAUGUUGUAAUCAGUCAAAAAGGGAGAUGCAGUUACAAUUAUUUUCUGUGAUUAGCGAGAUAAUGUUAGAUCAUACUUUACAUGAAUUGCACAGGGAAAGUGCAUUUAAAGAAUUUAUCUCAACUUUGCCAAAUCUCUUGUUAAAGUCAAAAAUACAUGAAAAUACAAUACAAAUAAUAAAUAAAAUUGUGCUCCGUUAUAGAGGUUGGAUUCAAAAAGAACUUGUGGCAAAUUACAAAGACAUUAUAGAAAAUGCUAAAAAGAUUGAAAUUAUCGGAUCUGAAGACAACAAACGGUCUCGUCUUAUGAUAUGUAAUUUGUUUUACUUCUUAGAUACCCAGAUUUUCUACUAAGCAAAAUAAAUAUAUAUUUUACAUA